AUGCACCCGCCCGGCGCCCCGCUCGCCAUGGCCGAGGGCGCCUUCUCGCUGGCCGCCCCGGCGGCGCGGAGCCCCGGGGGAAACCCAUCGAGGCUUCACAGCAUCGAGGCUAUCCUGGGGUUCACCAAGGAAGACGGGCUGCUGGGCGCCUUCCCGCCCGACGGCAGCGCCAAGGAGGCGGACCGGCGGGGGCCCCGGCAUUGCCUGCCCAAGAUGCCCGGGGAGCAGCCGCCAGCAGAGCCCCCCCCAACGCCCCCGGGCAAGCCCCGCGGGGAGAUCCCGCCGGUGACCUCCCGUCUUCCCCUCGCAGAGCCGUACUGUCCCGGCAGCGCCAGCCCCGAGUUGCCCGCUGGCAGCAGCGGCGAGGGGAAGCCGUCUGAAGAGGAACAGCCCAAGAAGAAACACCGGCGAAACCGCACCACCUUCACCACGUACCAGCUCCACGAGUUGGAGCGUGCCUUUGAGAAGUCCCACUACCCCGACGUGUACAGCCGCGAGGAGCUGGCCAUGAAGGUCAAUCUGCCCGAAGUCCGCGUCCAGGUUUGGUUUCAGAACAGAAGGGCUAAGUGGAGGCGGCAGGAGAAAUUGGAGGUGACCUCCAUGAAGCUGCAGGACUCGCCCAUCCUCUCGUUCAACCGCUCACCACAGGCAGCACCCAUGGGUCCUCUGAGCAGCAGCCUGCCCCUGGAGACAUGGCUCAGCCCACCGGUGCCCAGCAGCACGGCUCUGCAGACCCUGCCUGGCUUUGUGGCCUCGCCGCAGAGCCUGCCUGGCAGCUAUACGCCACCACCCUUCCUGAACUCUCCAGCAGUGACCCACGCACUGCAGCCCCUGGGGGCCAUGGGGCCACCGCCGCCUUAUCAGUGUGGGGCCACCUUUGUGGACAAGUUCCCUUUGGAUGAGGCAGACCCACGCAACACCAGCAUUGCCGCCCUGCGGUUGAAGGCCAAGGAGCACAUCCAGUCCAUCGGCAAGCCCUGGCAGACAAUCUGA